AUGGAAGCAAAAGAGGAUAAGGAAACCCAUUCGCAGACUCUCUCCGAAGAUGAGAAACGCCGCCUCCGUCUUUAUGAUCGGCUGCCUCAUGGAGGAGGACUGCUCAGACAGCAGUCUAGAGAACGGAGGUACUUUGAUUCGGGUGAUUUGGCUCUCUCUACAGCCGAUAGAGUGACUGAUGAAGGUGCAAUUCAAACCGGCACAGCCCAUCCUAUACGUGACAGCAUUUCUCGCCCUUAUGCCCCGGUUCCCAACGCCACUAAUGCCAAAAAAGAUGCAAACAAAGGCUUUAGUGGCAAGAAACCCCAAAUUCCAGAAAUGAUAGAUAGCCCUCUGCACCAACAAAUCAACAAUGCGAAUAGGAAGAUGCAGAAACCAGAAUGA